UUAUUGGCAAAUUUGUACCUUAUAUGUGAUGUGAUACUUUAUUACAUCAUAUAUGGGACUUGCAAAUAACCAACGAAAGAUGAGCCGGAUUCCCGGUGAUUCUGGAAUUUUCCAGAACCCCGGAUAAUCCGGCCCCAGGACACACCGGAAUAUCCGGCCCGGCCGGAUUAUCCGCCCCAAGCUAGGGCCGGAUUAUCCGGCCUGGGCAGAUCUUGAAAGGGUUGAGUCGAGGGCGCAGGGGGCAAAACGGUUCAAACCAUUCCCCCCACGCGCCUCUCUCCUCUUUCUCCUCUCAAGGCCGCCGGAUCUCCUCCUCCUCGCCGGAGACGCUCCAUCCACCCCCUCUCGGAGUUCUUGGGUGGAUUGGGUGCAUCUCCUCCCUAGCUACCUUCUCCUCCAAGCGGUUUCCACAAUGGAUGUGGGUGGUGCUUCUCGGGGUGGUCGGAGACGCCAGAGGCAUGAUCGAUCUAGUGACGAGUUUGCACCCAAUGCUCCUCGCAAGUCGGUCACUUCAAGAAGGAAGAACAAGGAAGUGAGGGAGAACUACAAGGCCAUGGAUCCAGUGUCUUAUUCCGCUCUCCGCUUGAAGAACUGGUAUGAAGAUUUGCCAAGAGAUGAAGAGAUAGAGGGCAGGAGAUAUUGGUGCAUGGAGCAAAUGUACAUCUACAAGGACAUCUAUGAGCCAAUGAAGAAUCUGAGACCCAUGCAAGCCAUUGAUGUGGACAUUCUAGCUGUAAACGAUCACUUUGAAGAUGCUAUCUGGGUUGUUGGAAGAAUGGGCUUGAAAGAUAUCAUGAAGAUUCAAUGUGACUAUAGCCCAGAGUUGGUGAAGCAAUUCUUUGCCACUUUGGCAAUCAAGACUGAUGAGGAACGCACUAUGGAAUGGAUGUCUGGCUCCACACACUGCAGUGCCACUCUGCGCCGCUUUGCCAGUAUUCUUGGGGUCCCUAUUGAUGAGGGUCGUCGUCUUCAUGGACCACAACAGGCAGAUAAGAAUGCACUUGCAAAUCUCUAUACCUCAGAGGGAAGGAUUGGUUAUACAAAGGGGCUGCUUCUCAUAUACAGUCAGUUGCUUCGGUUCUUUCGGGCAACCAUUUGCCCAAGUGGUGGUAACAAUGAUGCUAUCCGGGGAGCUCUUGUAGAUCUUAUGCACCUCAGCUAUAAGUGUGCUCGUGAUGGUGAUGAAGUGAGGGACUACACUCUUGAUAUCAUGGACUUUAUCUUCCAUGAGAUCCGUGAUGCCAUGGUCUCCCGGACCACCAUACCUUAUGCACCCUACAUCCAGCUUCUCAUCAACAACUCUGUGUCUGUGAGUGAAGAUUUGGGUGGGUAUCCGUUGGUGAAGCACCAUGUCAAGAAGGCCUACAAGCUCAAGCCAGUCUCUUCUGCUGUUCCUGCACCUGACUCUUUCAUGGGUGAUGCUCGUUCUAGUGGUGUUGCUCCUGGUCGUCAUCCCGAUGUCCCGGCUAUGAGGAAGCAAGUGACCCGGCUUAGUUGGUUUCAGCGUCACAUCCUUUGCAUGAACAUUGAGAUCCAUAAGGAGAACUAUGCAGCCAGCCGUGAGCGUUCUGAGAUUAAGCAUACCCAGGCGGUUAUUCUUCACAAGCUCAGUGGUGAUCAAGGUCCCCCGCCUCAGCCUCCAGCUCACCCGGGUUACACUAGGUGGCACUCUGCACAGGUUCCAUGGAGUGAUCUUGAUGAUUGCCUUCAAAGGUCCAACACCUCUCGUCGCUCUCCGGAUGCUCCUGACACUGAUGAAGAGGAAGAAGAAGAAGAAGAAGAGGUGCAAGAGUCCGAUGAUGAUUAUGCCUCCGAGUGAUUCCCCUGGGACGUGUAGCAUCGCGCUUGUCCCCUUUUUGGCGUCUCGAUGCCAAAGGGGGAGAAGUGUUCUAUUAGGAUUCUCGGGGAUUUGCAUGGUUUGGGCACAAGCAUAUGCGUUUACCAUUCUUAUAUUGCUUGUGUUCCCGCUUAUUUGAACUAUUUGGUUUGUUUGUGUGCCGUUCAAAACUAUGUGCUAUGUGGUAGGAGACAUUGUUAUGGCUUUCGGAUUUCUAUUUGUUGAGAUCAAGGAUAUUUCAUUAUGUGUGAUGCUAUAUCUCCGUAUUAUAUAUCUACACAUGGGUAUGACUUCUUUCAUCCUAUCUCAACUUCUUAUGUGUCUAUGUCUUUUGUUAGAGCUCAUGUUGGAUAUCUCUUGUGUUGAGGCACCUUACCCCUAUGUGUUGUGUAUUUGUAUUCAAAUGCAAAUUACUUAUAUGCACACAUGUAGGGGGAGUGCCUCUAUGUUUUGCCAUCAUGCUUGUCUCUAUAAUGAUUCUAUUGCAAAUCCAGUAUAUUGUCAUCAAACACCAAAAAGGGGGAGAUUGAAAGAACAUCUCUCACAUUAUGUUUUGUGUGUUUGAUGUCAAUAUAUAUGAUACACUAAUGUUCAGUUAAGUGGUACAGGGAUUACAUAGAUAUUUAUUCAUGUGUGUUGGAUUUGAUCGUGUGUCAAAAAGGAUUCAGAAAAAGUUUGGCCAGGCCGGAUAAUCCGGGCCGGAUAUUGUCGAAAUAUCCGGCCCCCCUGUUUUUGGCUAAGUGUUUCAGGAAUUUUGGCUCUGGAAGGGGGCCGGACAUUUGGCCGGAUAAUG